AUGCAGGAUCCCCCUUUCCUGUUCCCCGGACCUCAGACUCACAACGACUACAACGAACACCAUGAGUUCCAAGAACACACUCCUAAACUGACUCCACCCCUCGAACGACGACCCUCCCACAACUCCCUUGCCAACAACGUCCACAACCUCCAGCAAAGCCUGUCCGCCAACAGCAUCGAAAAAGGCGCCAAAGCCUCCAUAGUCCUCACAAACCAACACGUCUUCACCACCUCCUUCCUGGCCCUGACCCUCAACUCCGCUACCAUAGCACCCCUCAACCACGGCCUCAAGGAACCAGAACUCGCCUCCUACCUCCAAGAUUUCGGUGCUGAAGUCCUCGUCAUCUCACCAGAAGACCUUGCCAAAAAGACAGCAGCCUACACCGCUGCCCACAAUGCAGGUCUCCGUAUUGCCACAGCUUCCGUCACCGAUGGCAAAGUCUCAAUUACUCUCGAAAAAGACCACAAAGAAACCCCAUCAACCUCUACCACACCCAACGAACCCGCACCCUCAGACAUAGCCUAG